AUGACUCUUCUCUCUAAACUAUCAAAGGCUCACCGCUCUCGCUCGUCAUCACCAGCGCUUCGUCCAGUAGCUGAUCAAGAACAUGCUAACUUUUCAAAGUCUCCCUAUUCUUUGUCUAUCGCUAUUGAAAGUCCUCCAGUGGUUCUUUACGGGCCUCCUAAUGAGUCAACUGGUUACUUGCUUUCAGGGCUUCUAUAUUUAGACAUUCCUUUCCCUACAAAUGGACAUUUGGAUCUUCAUCCGACGUUAUCGGCAAAUUCUGCUAUGGCAGUACCCGCAAGACACGCUUCGUCAACCACUCUCCUUACCAGAUCCCCGGCGAUAACUCCCGUGGCAUCAAAUCUUUCUCUUAAUCAUUCUCAGUCAUCGUCUCCAUCUCUUUCUCCUUCAGAUCCUAAACAGCUUUUAAAGUCUGUCAGUUUGUCUCUUAAUCAAAUUAUCACAUAUGGGAAGCCUUUCUUACCCCCAUCUAACACAUUGGCGAAUUGCCUGGAAUGCAAAACUAAAGUUACUACUCUCAAGCGUUGGGAUGUAUUAACACAGCCAGCUUUGUUUCCUCCAGGUAAACAAGCUUUCCCAUUUUCACAUAUCUUACCUGGAAACUUGCCACCAACGUGUGCCGUUGGGUCUUCUGGCGCCUUCACGAUUCGUUAUGAGCUUGUUGCCCAAUCCCAUGGCAUUUAUGAAAGCCUGAAACUGAAAAAACAAAAAUCUUGUGAAAUAAAGGUCAAAAUGCCAAUUCGGGUAUCUCGUUCUAUCAUUAAAGGCCUUGAAAAGAACUCUCUUCGAAUUUUUCCCCCAAGCAAUGUGACUGUUGCCGCAUCAAUACCAAAUGUGGUUCAUCCUAAGUCAGACUUUGUGGUUGAGCUCAAAUUUGAAGGGUUAGUAGAUGGCAACAAAAGAUGGAGACUACGACGCUUACAAUGGAGAAUUGAAGAAACUGCACAAAUCAAGGCAAACUCUUGCGAUUUGUCAUACCACAAAACAAAGUUAAAGGUCAUUGAAAGCAAUAUCAGACUUAAUGAAGAGCACAAAAUUCCUGGGAGUACUUAUUCAUUGGGAAGUACUGUUAGACGCCGUCAUGAUUUGGCCACACCAGCGGACAUUCCCUCAGCAGAUCAAGAGGAAGAAGGCCAGGAAAUUGCUGCUACUGAAAGAAAUCAAGAUUCUUUCUUACAUCCCAGUGAUCAUGAGGCUAAUAAUAUUGUGUCUUCUGAGACAAGUGCUCCAGCAUCGGGACUUAAUCCAGUGUCUUCAAUCCCAUUGUACCAAACGAGUUUUGUACCACCAGAAGAUGAGCACGAAUUGUUUUUAGAAGAAGUUCGAACUAUUGAAAAGGGUGCUCUUCGUGAAGGCUGGAAGCUGGAUUACUCAAACAAUGGUACCAUUGAGGUGGCAGUUGAUGUUUCAUGUCGGAGACUCAGCUCGGGAUUGGUCAAUCACAUCAAAGCAGCUGACUCUAGAACUUCGCCAUCACACAUUGACCGUGGUUUGGAUAUUGGAAGCGACGCAAAUUGUGCUUGUGAAGUGUAUGAUCCAAUAAAUGGAGUUUAUGUAACUCAUACUUUGAUUAUGGAAGCUAAUUUAGCUGAAGAAUUGACUCAGCCAAUCAAUGGCGGAAGCGCCUCAUUCAGAGAAGCCAGAAAUUUGAAGAGCUCUCCAAAGAGCUUGCCUCAGUCUACAUCCCCAUCAUCAGAGCAUACACCAACAUCUACUAACUCCGGACCAGCUACUGAUAGAUUGGGACCUAAUUCGUCUUCGAGUAACCCCAAGGGCACUAAUCAUGGCACUACUACUAUUCCAUCAGGCCUAACUAGAUUAUUUAGGAUGAAGUUCAAGUUAUUGGUUACGGAGAGAUCAGGAUUUGGGAUAUCUUGGGAUGAAGAGGUACCACCACAAUACAACCAAGUUUCUAGCUUUUCCCCUCCAACAUAUGGCGAAGCUUUAGCCUUUGAUGACACUGAACUAUCUGAGCUAAGAAUUUGA